AUGUACAAGGCUACAGACAAAGCAAAAUGCCAUGACUCAGCGCCCAAUCGCUGCAGGGCUUGCGCUGUAGUCGGGAAUUCUCGGAACCUCAACGGAUCCGAUUACGGAGCCCUCAUUGACUCCAAUGACUUCAUCAUAAGACUGAACAGAGCUCCCAUUUUGGGCUAUGAAAAGGACGUAGGGAACAGAACCACCCAUCGUGUCAUGUACCCAGAAAGUGCCACAAACCUGCAAAAGGACACGAGCCUGCUGCUGAUACCAUUCAAGACUUUGGAUCUGGAGUGGAUCACUAGUGCUCUGACCACAGGCACUGUGAAACGCACCCGUUCUCCUGUGAUGGCCAAGAUUAAUGCAGACAAGAAUACGGUGUUAAUAUACAACCCCACAUUCUUAAAGUAUGUCUAUGAUGUGUGGCUUGAACGCCAUGGAAAAUAUCCCUCCACCGGCUUCUUAACCUUGAUGUUCGCCAUCCACGUAUGUGAUGAGGUGAAUGUUUUUGGAUUUGGGGCAGCCAAGGACGGAACCUGGCAGCAUUACUGGGAGAAAAACAAAUUUACAAAGUGGAAGCCAACUGGACUGCACGCCGGAGACUACGAAGCAUUGGCUGUGAAAUUAACACGACCUCCCAAGCAGCCUUAAUAAGCUUUUAUUUUUGGAGGAAAUGGCAAAGGGCCAGGAAAACGUGCUGCCCCGUCAAAAAAUAAUAAUGACACUUGAUAAGAAACUAUUACAAACAUAAGGCUGCAUUACAAUUUGCCAAAAACGUUUUUACCCAAAAUGAAAAAUGAAAGAUUUAUUUACCAAAGAAAAUGUAAUGCUGUCUUGAAUUUGGUGGAUGUUUUGAAGUGAAAUGAAAUAAGUUGACCUCAGACUCCCCCCUUGAAACAAUAGGACCUUCUCUGUCUGCAGAUCAGAUUUUGUGCAAGGCUGCUGUUUUCUUUAGCGUGUCAAUAUGUGGGGUGUAGGCUAUGUGUAUUGGCGGCCGGUGUGCUGGAAAAGCCAAAAGCAUUACUUUAGAAACGAGCGGUAGGUCUCAACCAGUUUUCCUUUAGUUUGUCAGGGAUAAUGACAGAGGGGCAGAGGUAGGAAAUUGCCAGAGGCGAAGGUCAUUACCCCGCUUAUCAACAAAAAAAACAUAAUUUUAAACAUGCGUUUCGAAUGUGACUGUGGUAACUUUAGGGGAGAGCCAGGUUGAAAGUAACAGGGGUGAAAGCACAUUGGUCCCUGUUUAUAGUUUUGCACUUUGUUGCCAAAUGACUGUAAUGUAAUGUUACUUACUGUAUGUCGGAUGGGGACGUUUUCAUUUUCUACACCAAUGUCUUCAAUUAACCAUUCUAUUAACUGACAAGGAAAUCAAGACGUUCGUUCUAUCAAUAACUUGGGACAUUUUUAGUUUUAAAUGGAUAUAUAACUUUGCCUGUAUGACCGGUGUACACAUGGUGAAUAUCUGUGAGGGCUAUGUCUCUGUAUGUGAAGUGCCUUAUCAAUGAAAUUCCUAAUGUGUAAGGUCUGGGAUUUGGG